AUGGGACAGAUCAGCUACAGCUGCGCCUUCCCGUCCUCCCGCUCUUCGGGUGCCGGGUGCCGUUUCACCCCACCCGAAUCCGCUGCCGUCGUGGUCGUUGCUGGCCCCAGCAACGUACCGCACCCUCCCUACUUAACUCCCCAUUUUAUUUCUGAGCCCUUGUCUACUGUCCAGAAGCCCGGCGGGCCCGUACGACUCCGCUGCUCGGCCGAGCCCCCCACGGGUCGCCCCUCUUUGUGCCUUGGCUGCUCUUACCCCCUUGCCGAUUCUCUUCCAGGCCUAGCUGACUUCGAGACGUCGGUGAAAGCCGCCGUUGCGGCGGAGGAAGGGGGUACGGCUGUCAUUGGGUGCGAGGUGCCGGAAAGUAACCCCAAAGCACAGGUGCGCUUCCAAGUGCGGGGAAAAUGGCUGGAACAAUCCGCAGACAACUACCUAAUUCUCCCAUCUGGAAACCUGCAGAUUUUGAAUGUGUCCUUAGAAGACAAAGGACCCUAUAAAUGUGCAGCGUACAACCCAGUUACUCACGAUCUCCGAACAGAACCCACUGGACGUAAACUCGUAGUCACACGCUCUUCCUCAGACGGCUUCCACAUCCUUCACCCCCUGGCACCCCAGAGCCUGGCGGCGCCCCGGCACAGCUCUCUGAUGCUGGAGUGCGUGGUCAGCGGGCUGCCCCCGGCCUCCCUCCGCUGGGUGAAGGACGGCCGGGACGCGCUGAGGAAAGGCAGGUGGAAGCUGCUGCACUCCCACCUGGUGACGGACCGGCUCGAGGCCUCGGACACGGGAAAUUACUCCUGCGUGGUGGGGAACGGAUCUGGAGUGGUGAAAUACGUGAACUAUUCGCUUACUGUACUUGAACCUGCCUCCAUCUCCAAGGGCCUGCGAGACCAAAGCGUGGCCGCUGGAGCGACGGCUCACCUCUGGUGCGACGCCCGCGGGAGCCCCGCGCCCGCCCUCACCUGGCUCCACAACGCAGCUCCCCUCCCUGUCUCCCCGCGGCAUCUGCCGGCGGGAAACCGCCUGCGGAUCCGCGCCGUCGCCCCGGAGGACUCGGGCUUGUACCAGUGUGUGGCGAGCAACGGGGUUGGGAUUGCGCAGUCCACUGGGAGGCUUCGGGUCCUGCCGGGCAAAGGCUCUAAACCAGUGAUAGUCUCUCCACCAGCAAGCAUCGCUGUGGUAGACGGUGGGGACGUGACGCUGUCCUGCAGUGCCGCUGGAGUGCCCCUUCCCGUCAUCCGCUGGUACGACAGCAGAGGACUCGUGCCCAGCCCAUCUUCCCAGUCAAAACCACAGCAACCUCCCGGAGCCACGCCGGGCAGCGCCGUGGCGGAGCCCACCGCCUUCUCCCUCCCUCAAGCCGCCUCGAGCUCCUUGCGCGUGAGGAACGUGAGCCGCGAGCGCGCCGGGGAGUACACGUGCGAAGCCACCAACGAGCACGGCUCCGCCGUCUCCAAAGCCUUCCUCACCGUCGUGCCUUCGGCCACCGGCCCAAGAGCAGAAGAAACGGCUCCCGUGGAGGUUGCCCAGAGCGAUGACGGCGAUUUUGGUGCGGAAACGGGGUUUUCCAGCUCGCCUCCCCCCAAACUGCGUCCGGCCGCCGCCGCGCUGGAAAAAGCCUCCAACGGCGCC